AUGUUACAAGAAAGAGACUUAGCGAGGGAGCCAUGCCCUGACAGAAUCAUAGAAGAUAUGGGUGGCGCAUUCGGCAUGGGUUGCAUAGGAGGGUACAUAUGGCAUUUUUUAAAGGGCGCAAGAAAUAGCCCCCAGGGGGAUGUGUUAAGUGGCGCUUUGUACAGCGGCCGUAUGAGGGCCCCCAUUUUGGGAGGUAAUUUUGCCGUGUGGGGAGGCACAUUUAGUUGCUUCGAUUGUACGUUUCAAUAUAUACGGAAAAAGGAAGACCACUGGAAUGCCAUAGGUAGUGGUUUUUUCACGGGUGGUGUUUUAGCCAUGAGGGGUGGUUGGAGAUCUGCUUCGAGGAAUGCUAUCGUCGGUGGAGUUUUGCUAGCCAUUAUAGAAGUCGUUUCGCUUGUAUUGACCCGUAAGACAACACCGACCCCUAGACAGCAAUUUCAGCAACAGAUGGAGUUAGAAAAAAAAAUGGCGUCCAAAAAUAGCAAAUAA